CAGAGUUGGGUUUCUAAUCUACCUGAACAGCUGAAACAGAUGAAUGAACGCUGUUACAUUUAUCUUUAAAUCAACUUGUUUUGUGGUUACCGCGUUUAGUUAUAUUUUGGUGUAAUUUUGGUUUUCUAAUAUAAGUAAUUAGGUUGCAAAUUUUGUGUUGUCUAGGUCUUGGUAAAGCAAUUGUUUCGCUGAUGGUGACGGUGAAUUUUAAUGGUAAUUGUUGUCAUGGAAUCAAUUAGUCACCAAGAGAUUCGAAAACAAGUUUUGGAAUAUGUUGAGAAGGCAUUAUCGGAAGAUAAAGUCAAUGAGCUUCUUGUAUCAUGCCGCAACUUGCUCGAUAAAGCUCAAGCUGGACUUGAAAUAGAUAUUAAAACUGCUGUUGAUACUGGAUUUCGCGAUGUUUUACAUAAAUAUAUAAGACUGAAUACAGACAAUGAUGAUUAUCAAUGGUAUGAAAAGAUCAUAGAAUUGUCCAUUAAAGCCGUACGAAGUGGAAUUUGCUUGGGAGGUUUACCUAUUCUUCUGUUGACUGAUUUAUUUGACUGCAAACCCUUGAACAAAUGUGAAGAGUUAUUCUCUCUACUGGAAAACCGAGUGAACAUUUGGAAGGAGGACAUUUUUUUUAACAAUGUGAAAAAUCAAAUGCUUCGAUCAUGUAAUGAUUUGCUUCGUCGAUUAUCAAGAUCACAGCAUACCGUGUUUGGUGGAAGAAUAUUGGAAUUUCUUGCUCGAUUUUUCCCUCUUUUUGAAAGAUCAGGCCUUAAUCUUACAUCAGAGUUUAAUCAAGAAAAUGUUGUCGCUAUAUCCGCCCAAGAAGAUUUGUCUGAUGCUUCAAGUAUUUCUGAUUCACCUAUGGAAGAAGGUGAAAUGCCGACCUCAGAAGUGGUACAAGUUGAUUAUAAUCUUUACAGAAAAUUUUGGCAAUUACAGUCAUUCUUCAAAAAUCCUAACCUUUGCUAUUCCAAACCGAACUGGAAGCAAUUUCAGAGUUACUCAACAGACGUUCUUACUGCCUUCUCAACUUUCAAACUUGAUCCACAAAGCAACAAAGCUACAGAAAAGGUCGACAUCCAAGGGGAACAGAUCCACUUCACAAAGUAUUUAACAAACCAGAGGCUAUUAGAAUUGCAGUUAAGUGACUCUAGCUUUAGAAGAUAUAUCCUUGUACAAUUUUUAAUCCUUUUUCAAUACUUAACAACUUACGUUAAAAGUAAACAAGAAAGCCAAACCUUAACUGAAGAGCAGAAUGCUUGGUUGAAACAGAGCAAUGAAAAAGUUCUGGAAUUAAUAGGAAAGACUCCACCAAAUGGACAAGAAAUGACCCAGAUAAUUGAACACAUUUUAAAAAGAGAAGAGUUUUGGUGUAACUGGAAAAAUGAUGGUUGUCCUGGAUUGAAAGAAAUCAACGAAACAAUCAGUAAAGAACCAACUAUGGUUAAUGGUAGAAAAAGAGUUGGUGAUGAAAUUAAACAUGCUGAAUCUUUUGGUAAAGUCAUCAUUGGUAAUCCAGAAUUAACAAAGCUAUGGAACUUGUGCUCGGAUAAUUUGGAAGCCUGUCUCAGCAAGAAACGUAUAUUUAUACCACCUGUUGAUGAAUUCUUCGGUGAUGUGAAAACUUCAUAUGAUGAAUAUUCUGCAGAGGAUCGACAGAAAAUGCUGGCAGAUGAUUCUGAUUUUAAUUGGAGAUCUUUACGCUUGUUGGGCUCUAAAUCUUCAUACUUUUUCACGCCAAGUAACCAAUCGAUGGUUAAACCUAUAGUUCAAUAUCUGGAUACAGUUAUUGAAAAGGUUGUUAAAGAGUUAAAUGCUGCUGAUGGUAACAAAGGAUCUCAAGAUUUAGCUAUUGAUGAUGCUGAAGAUAUCAGUAAUGAUGAAUUAUUGAAACAGAUUGAUGAAAACUCUAAUCUAGGUUCAACCGACAAUCAUGCUCAAAACGAAAUUAAAAGAACGGAAGAGAAAGCCUCUGUAUAGUUUAUCAAAUAUAUUUAAUUUUCACCUCGACCAUUUUUAUGUAAAUCAACACAUCUUUGUACUUUCUACUAUCCAAUGUUCUACAAUCAUGGGUUAUUAAAUCGCCUCAUUAGCAAUUUAA